CCGCGGCCAUGUCUGUACAUGUAUGAAUGAUGCAAAAACAUCUUGGUGACAAGUGAACACCAUGGCAGUGUUGCCAUUUGAAGCACGUAAUGGCGGCAGAUUUUGUUUGCUGAUGUUGUUAGGUAUGACGAUGGGAGUCUUCAUGAUGAUCUAUAUUUCAAUGUCAGAUCAUGAGACACCCAAGCCUAGAAGCAGAGUAACAUUAAAUCACAUAAAGACAACUAACAUAAUGGAUGUAAAGAGAGAAACUAACGUAAGCAGAGAAGUCCCCAAUCAUACCUACAUGGACAGACUGAAUUUAGUAGAAUCCAAUUGUAAUACACCUACAGUGGAACUGCCAGUGUAUAAACUCCAACAACUUAUUGUUGAUGAUGAAUAUAAAUUCAUAUACUGCUGGAUUCCAAAAGUUGCGAGUGGAAACUGGAAAGUGGUAUUAAAGAACCUAAAAGAAUUUUACACCAAUAAAGACUGGAAACCAAAUUUACGAGAUCGCAAUAUGGGUCUACCAACACUGAACAAGUAUUCAUCAGUGGGGAUAAAGACCCGCUUGAAAAGUUAUUAUAAAUAUGUGUUUGUACGUCACCCUUUAGAAAGGCUGCUAUCGGCUUAUAGGGAUCGCUUUGAGAGACGAAGGACAAACAUAAGCAGAUUGCCUAUUACAAAUUUAAGUAGCUUUGUUAACUAUAUUAAGGAUACAAUGAAUAUUCACUGGAGUCCAAUGACAGACUUAUGUGAUCCAUGUGAUAUUAAGUUUGAUUUUAUUGGACAUUUUGAAACUCUCAGAAAGGAUGUAGACUAUCUUUUAAAUUUAUUCAAUAUAAGUUCUGUUGCGAGUUUCCGAUCUGUUAGUAGCUAUGCUACCAACAGUUCUGAUCAAUCACUGCUACAUAAAUACUAUUCAUCUCUGUCAGAGGAUGACAUGCUCUUUUUACAAGGUCUUUAUGCAAAAGAUUAUCAACUUUUUGGAUAUGAUCCUCAAAUCUGA